AUGGUUUGAGUGAGCUGUUUGUAGGAAGUCUUAUUGUUAGUCGUGACAGUAUGCUACUUUAAGUUGAGGAGUUUGCUUGAAAAAUUUGUGGAAAUGGCGGAGCUGAAACAAGACCUCCAGGAGUAUCUCCUUUCAAAGGAGUCAUCCUCAUCGUCGCUAAAAAUUGAGAUGCCCAGUCUCCCAGACGUUCUUUCGAAGCCCUCUUCCUGGUUUUCGAAGGAUUCAUCAUCAGCACCUGACCAGAGCACGGCAUCUUACUGUUUUCCUUCUAUGUCUCGCCUCCAAAGGAUAAUUGGGUUCGCCUGUUGCCUGGGAAUGGGGAUGCUGUGCUUUGGACUGUCUCUGCUCUACUUGCCGGUGCUGGUUCUCAAAGCGAGAAAAUUUGCUCUGCUGUUCACCAUGGGCAGUUUAUUCUCUAUGAUUAGCUUUUCCUUUCUGUGGGGCGUGACUGCUCACUGGCAACACAUGACUGCAAAGGAACGGCUGCCUUUUUCCGCCUGCUAUGUGGCAUCUCUCCUGGCAACAAUCUAUUUUUCAAUGGUAGUCCAAAGCACCCCGAUAACAUGCUUGUGUGCCGUCCUGCAAGUGGUGGCCCUGGUCUGGUUCCUCCUGUCGUACGUACCAAGCGGCCACAAUGGAAUUAAAUUCCUGUUCCAACUCUGCACUAGCUCCAUAGGUCGAACACUGCCUGUUUGAGUGACAUUGACAAUACAGGGUGGUGGUGGAAAAUUUGUGCCCAUUGUUGUGUUAAAUUAAUAUGUUAUCAUAAUAGCAUUAUUUCUUUGUGUAUAUUUUAUUUACAAAUUAAAUUAUUAAACAAAAAUAUAUAUUAUAU